GGAUUAGAUAGGGGUCCAGUUGUACUUUGAGUUUGAGCCCAAAUUUGUUGAGGACCGGGCCGGGGUUGGUGCCAAAGAUAGUCCGUCGUGCCCAUGGAAAGCCAGUUCAAAAUAAAAGUGCAACCCCAUAGCGCACCAAUGUACAAUCCAACUAACCGAAUACAAGCGUCGCCCCCGGUUUUCAUUUUGUGGUAAAGCUCACGCUUCUCUCUGCCCUCUCCUCUUUAUAUAAUAGGUUCAUUGCCUCUCACCGCCCAUUAAGCCCAAAACAGAGCUACCAACCACGCUAUCCGAUCAACAUCCAACAUCGAUCAUGGUGGGUCAAUGGACGGUGACCAAGCCAGGCCGGAGCGACGAGGUUUUGGAGGCAGACCAACAGCAGAGGAUCACCGCUCAGAUCAGAGCUCACUUCGAUUCCAUAACCCCGAAGCGACCCGCCAAGCCCGGCAGAAGCGAAUCCGACUCCCCGCUAAGUUCUCCUUCCCACGCUGCCAACGGAACCAUUCCGGAGCUUCACAAGUUCCGAACCCUUCAAUCUCAAUCUCAGUCUGAGUCCCAUGCCAUGAUAUCAACAGAUGGGAGUGGUAUGUUGCAAGAGGAAUUUGUGGAGACGCACUACUACAAGGAGUUGGGUUCUAUUGACAAACAGCAUCACACGACUGGAACUGGGUUUAUAAAGGUGGAGAGGAGAGGAGUUGAAGAUGGGUACGGAUUCCAGUUGCAAAGGAGGGAGAACAGAGAGAUGAUGCUGAGGGGCUUCAAAAGCAACCCUGCAACAAACGACUGGAUUCCAAGCCUCGAAGAAGAUGAGGUGGGCUAUGUCUCCUCAAAACCCAGUCGGAGCGAGAGUUGUUAGAUGGUGAGAGGAAAAGUUGUAUCAGCUGGGUUUCCUUUAAUUUAAAUAAAAAUUUCUUCUAGAUUAGGAUUGCUUUGGUUUGCUUGCAAGUCUGAAAGGGUUUAUGAAUAAAAAAACUCUCCAUUAUUGACUGACUA